CUCAGCAGCCACUCCAGAGAUUAUCUGGACCGCUUCAUCCGAAGCCAGGACUCCUCCGCGGUGAACAAGUUCCAGCAAACGUACUGGAGAACCAAACAGACGCUCAUCAAGGUCACCGGGAAGAAGGAGGACGAGCACGUGGUGGCGUCAGACGCCGAGCUGGACGCCAAGCUGGAGGUCUUCCACUCCAUCCAAAGAACGAGCUUGGAGCUCCUGAAGGUCAUCGAGCUGUACCAGAGACGGAUCUGCUCUCUCUCGCAGGAGGAGAACGAGCUGGGUCGUUUCCUGCGCUCCCAGUGCUCGCAGGACAAAACCAGAGCUGGAAAGAUCAUGCAGGCGACGGGGAAAGCUCUGUGUUUCUCCUCGCAGCAGAGGCUGGCCCUCAGGAAGCCUCUGUGCCGUUUGUACCAGGAGAUCGAAACGUUUCGGUACCGGGCCAUCUCCGAUACGUGGCUGACGGUGAACCGGAUGGAGCAGUCCAGGACCGAGUACCGCGGCGCCUUGCUCUGGAUGAAGGACGUCUCCCAGGAGCUCGACCCCGACACUCACAAACAGAUGGAGAAAUUCCGCAAGGUUCAGGCUCAGGUGAGAACCACCAAAACCAGCUUUGACCAGCUGAGGAACGACGUGUGUCAGAAGGUGGACCUGCUGGGAGCCAGUCGCUGCAACCUCCUCUCACACGUUCUGACCACAUACCAGACGACACUUUUGCACUUCUGGGAGAAGACGUCCCACACCAUGGCGGCCAUAUCUGAGAGCUUCAAGGGCUGUCAGAACUACGAGCUGUCCACACUGAAGAUGUUACACGACGCCACGGACAAACCGGCUGAGAAGGAGAAGAAGAAAACUAAAGAAGAAACGGGAGAAGAAAAGAGAGACGAGAGCGCCGGAGAGCAAAUCAUCUCAUUAGGAAAUGAAACCACGAACAAUAAAACCAGAGAAGGGGGGGAGGAGGACAGCAUGGCUCUGCUCGCUGAGAUCCUGGGAGACUUGUUUGUGGACCAAGGGGACUCCUCCCAGAACUGGACCGAGGGGUCUGGACAGACGGACGCCCAGCUGAAGGAGAAGUCCUUCUUUCUGCCCUCACAGCUGCUGGACCAGAGUCUGAAGAGGUCCUCGGUCUCAGAUCAGAGCGGCGUUUUCUCACCGGCCCUCGUCGGUGCAGCAGAACCCUCACCUGGACCUGAACAGAACCCUCAAAACCCAGCACUGAAAGAACCUGGAGCACCCAAAGACCUGUCCGCAUGGUUCCACCUCUUCGCUGACUUGGACCCUCUUUCCAACCCGGACGCGAUCGGUGAAGCCAGCAGAGAGCACGAGCUUCACACGGCGUAGUUCUUCCUCAGCAUCAGGACUUCUCUUCAAACAGGACGCCCUCCAUGAAAACUCACCUGAAACCGAACUCUGACCUUUAGAAACUUUAUUUGUACAAAACAAUUUAAA